AGCAUAUACUGGAAAACCCCAGCCGUCCGAUCAACUCUAGGACUUCGAAUUAUUUAGUCGAACAUAUGAUUCGUUCGUGAAUUCUGAUGAUGAUGAUGAAAACCACUUUCCCAAUUGUUUUCUUAAAAUCCAUCCUCUGAACACUCUUAACUUCUCACUCACCUCACACACUCUUCUUCUCUGUGACACUCUCUACCUCUCUCUCUUUCUGCUUACGCUUAACAUGGCGUUCGAUCUUCAUCACCGUGGCUCAGUUUCAGAUCAGCAUUCAUCGGAAUCUCAGAGUCAGCAACAGUCAUUUACACUCCCUCCUUAUCCUCAGAUGAUAAUGGAAGCGAUCGAAGCCCUGAAUGAUAAGAACGGUUGCAACAAAACGACAAUUUCGAAACACAUCGAGUCAGCUCAGCAAACCUUGCCGCCGUCACACACGACACUGCUGAGCUAUCAUCUCAACCAGAUGAAGAAGAGUGGUCAGCUUAUCAUGGUGAAGAAUAAUUAUAUGAAACCAGAUCCAGAUGCUCCGCCGAAGCGCGGUCGUGGGCGUCCUCCGAAACCGAAAACCCAGGGGGGAUCUGGCGCUGCUGUCACCGUCUCUGCAGAUCCGCCUAGAUCUCGUGGUCGUCCACCAAAGCCGAGAAAUACAUCGGAAACUUCGGUUGAGCUACCCAAAGAGAGCGGAUCUGGAAGACCACGUGGACGGCCACCAAAGAGACCACGAACAGAUUCGGUUACGGCAGCUCAGGCAACGGGUGAGCGUAGAGGACGUGGGAGACCUCCCAAGGUGAAGCCCACGGUGGUUGCGCCGGUUGGGUGUUGAAUUAUGCAACUCUAAACAUCAAAUUGGAAUCUCGAGAGUGCUUUGAGUAGAUUGGAGUAUAGUUCCCUUUGUACUCGUAUUUGAUUGUAAACUUUUAGUAAUGAUGUGUUGUUGUCUUGCUGCUAAGGAGGAUAUAAAGACUUAACGUUAGGGACGACUGUAUCAUUCAUAAGUGUAUUAUUACUAUGAAUUUUGCAUGUGUUAUGUGAUCCUUUUAAUAGUUCUCUC